GAUAUUUAUGGAUGACAUUAAUAUACAUAUACAAAUAUGUUUAAAUUAGAAGAUUGUUUCAGAUUGCUAUCACUUAAUUAACACAGUAUAAAAGAAGCGUGAAAUUCCAUCACAAAAAGAUUACGCAUGCAAGAUUUAUUUUGUUAACGUGGCGUAUAUUAUACGGGAUUUGCGCGAAAUUAAUUCGAAGUCGUCAGAGGAUUUACGCCGAGAUAAAUGCCUGACUUGGCGACGCAGCCGUGAAUUUAUGACUUUUUAUUGCGUCGCACAAAUGCAUGGAACUGCGCGAUUUCACGCGCAGUACGGCGGAAAUCACCUGGAGAUUGAAUUCGUUGGGGAAUCCCGUGAAAAUUUAAAGCAGGCGACGACGAUUUGACACGGCACUCGUGGAUCAAUAUCGAACAUGAGUUGUAACACGAAAAGUCGUACCAAUAAAAACGUACAAAGAAGAUCUGCAUUGUCAUUCGCCGGUGCAGAUGGCUCGCUUGAUGUUGACCAUAUUUUGGAAUCUGAGCCAUGGAAAAAACUCGAAAUGUUUGAAAAAAGCGAAGCUGCUUGCAUUCAAAAUGUACUGAACGAUUUCGACAAUAAGAUUAUGCAAGAGAAGACUCUUAAACCAGGUCGCAGUAGGAGGAAAAGUCAAAAUGCAAAUGUGAAUUCUAUGGAGAAAUCCGUGACAAAAUCUCCAAUAAAAGAUUCGAUUACGGAUAUACCAGAAAUGUCAUCAAAUACAAAUAGCAAUACAAAUGUAAAUAUAGAUGAGACGAAAAUUGUGGCGAAUAAAAAGAAAAGAGCUUCAAUAAAGCCUCAACAAACUUCCAAUAUGGAAAAGAAAACAAUUUCGCAAAGGUCAUCACAUAAUAUUAAUACUAAUAAUAAUACUGAUAAUGCAAAAGAGAAUACCCAAAAGAUUUUAAAAGUCAGUGUCAAAGAAAAUGUCGAUUCAACUGAAAAGAAAAUUAUAAACACAAACAUACAGGAUAUAACAAACAUAACCGAUAAAGAUUUUCAAACAAGUACUCCCAAAAAAGAAUUAUCUAAAAUAAUAGGAAAAACGACAAAAAAGAGGGAAUCAAUAGCACAAAAUAAAAAAGCAAAAGCAAAAGAUUCUGAAAAUAAAUUAAAUAAUAAUGUUCAGCGUAAAGAAAAAGAGAAUAUCUUGAAAGAGGACACGAAAAACAAACAAGGCGAGAAUAACGUAAAUAUAUCUGGCCAAAAGAAAAAGAUACAUGUAAAAUUAGAAAAUAAUUUGGAAUGUAACGAAGUUAAUCAAAAUGCAACAGAAAGUAAAGUAGAGAAUGAAACAAUGCAACGUAAUACUAAUGAGAUAGUUUUUAAUGAAACUGAGAAAAAAUAUAAUAAAGAGAAAACAAUAGAAAUCAAUAAUAAUGAGAAGAUCGCUAAAUCUAAAAAACACAAAAAAAAUAUUCCUAAGGAGUCAAGAAAAGAAAAGAAAGAGAAGCCUGCGAAAUCUGUGAAAGUGAAUAAAAUACAGAAAAAUGUCAAAUCAAAUAAAUCACUUAAACCAACGCAGAAUAACGUGAAAAAUACAAAAUGUCAAUGCAAAACAAAUUGCGCGAAAUCUUCUAAUAAUAAGCGUCUUUUGAAUACAAAAGAGCAAAAGGAAAAGAAAAAGCAACAUAAAAAGAGUAUGAAAGCUGCGAAAGCUAUCGAGGAUCUUAGCCGACGUAUAACAGUUGUCAAGAAUAAAAUGGAAUGCAUCAAAAAUGAUUUAAAGAGCAACGAAUCAUGGGAUUCUGACAGUAGCUAUUCCGGAGAAUCAUCAUAUUCUUCGCGAUCGUAUUCAUCGUAUUCAUCCUAUUCAUCGUAUUCGUCUGAUAGUUACUCGUGCUCAUGCUCAAGCACUUGUAGUUGUUCAUGUUGCUACACAAGCGAUUAUACAGAUGAUUAUACCGAUGACUAUACCGAUGACUAUACCGAAUACACCAUUAAUUCAUAUAGAUCUGUAAUUUCUGAUGGGAGUAGCAGAGUUAGCAAAAAUAAUAGCCAAACUGAGAGUACGAAUGAAAAAGAAGAUUUACGUUAAGACCAAUUAAAAAUGACACACAAUGAAAAUUAGACAAAACUAUGUAAAACUAAAUUAUGCACAGAAAGCGUGCUCAAAUUAUAUUUUUAUUAUUAUAAUCAUAAUUAAUAAAUUAAAUUUUUAUAUUUA